CUUGGGACGUUUGUCUAUUUGAGUUAAAAUUCUGUGAAUUCCCAGUAGCAGAUCAGUUAAUCACAGUUCCAGAAGAUAGAAAAGCGGAAAAAGUUUGGAUUUUUUCAGUGUGUUUUCUUGGUUGACUUCGGGGGUGAUGGGUGAGGAGAGCGAGAUUGAUGAAUAUAAUUAGAAGAAGCUGAGAGUGUUCAAUGGAAGAGGGGAGUUUCCAUCAUCCACGAUAUUGGCUUUUGGGAUUUGGUUGGGUACAUUCACGCCGUACUGGUCCUCUUCUCUCUCCUCUUCCUUUCUCCCUCCAAAACUCUUCUGCGAGCUCUCUCUGCUCUUUGCUCUUAUUCAAUCUUUUUCUUCUUUUCUUUUUCUGCGGUAUUUAUGUUGUGGAUCAUUUACAGCUGCUGGGUUUUUCACUGAUCAGGGUCUUUGGGUUGCUUGUGGUAUCUAUAUUCAUUCCAACUGAUGCGAGAAGCAGAGCAGGCACAAAAUUGUCCAGGCACAUAUGUAAGCGUGCUUGCAGUUAUUCCCCAGUUACUCUGCCCGUGGAGAGAAGCCUUCCAUCCUAAUUGGGCCUAUGGUCAGUCCAUCACACUUCUUGUUCUUCCAGUUGAUUUUAAUGAAAUAGGUUGGAUUAAAAGGUUUGAUGAAUAUGGCAUUAAUGCCAAAAAUGCGGGUUGAUGGUCAUCAAAGGUCGAUUUGUAUUAAUGGAUAGUUAUUAGUCGUUGUGGGUGUGUAAAGGAGGCAGAUGAACGUGCUGCUUGAGUUGGAAGUUACCUUUCAAUGAUAAGGGCUUGGCCAUGACGCUUCUAGCUGAGGAAAGAUGAGGACCGGUGGUUUGAGUUGUGGUAAUACCAGUAUGAACCAAUGAAACGAUGACAUGGUAUUCCGUGGGAUCAACUUCUUGUCUGUUCAUUGCAUUCAUUUUGAGUUAUGAUAGCUUACCUAUGGAUCCAACUGUCCUGUCUCGUGGAUUCAAUGAGAUUCAAUAGAGAAUAUUAGAGAGUUGUAAGUCUUUAUAAACAAUUAAAUCCGUAGUGCAAAUAAACAACAGAACUUUAUUUUUGAAGAGCAGACUGACGAUGCCAUUCACUGUUUGUACUGGCAAAAUACAAAGGAGGGGUUUUGAGCCAUUCGCGGAAAAAUCAUAUCAGCGUUAGUUGGCAAUUAAUGACAAUUUAUGGCAGCUCUUGGGGACAGCCUUGCUACCCAGUACCCACCACGGCCGACGAGAAAAAUCACAUCAUCGUUGGCAUGGGUCCCUUCACUUCACAGAAGAGACAUUGACAAAACAUUGCCCAAGCUUCGAUUUUGAACGUGCCCAGGUCAUCAGCUUAUCAUCCCCAUUUACUGAAGUAUGGACGCGGCAAAAAUAAAAAAUAAAAAAACCACCGUUGUUCGCAAGAAAAGGACGUCGCUGAGGGUGGUGGUGGAAAUGUUGUUUGUCCUUUCUAGUGGAAAAGCAAAAAGAACUCAAUCUUGGGACGUUUCUCUUUUUACGAUAAAACUCUUGACAAUCCUCAGUAGUAGAUCAAUGCCUCACAGUUGCAAAUAAUAGAAAAGCGGCAUAAGUUCGGGGUUUUUUAGGUGGGUUUUGGUUGAUUUCGGGAGUGAUGGGUAAGGCCAGCCAGAUUGUCGAAGAUGGCCUGAAGAAGCUGAGAGUUUUUAAUGGUAGAGAGGUGUUUCCAUCGUCCAAUAUAUUGCACGCUAUAGUGGCUUUAGGGAUUUGGUUGGGUGCUAUUCACUUCAAUGCCGUACUGGUUCUCUUCUCUCUCCUUUUUCUUUCUCCAUCCAAAGCCCUUCUGGUCUUUGGGUUGCUCGUGGUAUUUGUGUUCAUUCCAGUCGAUGAUAAAAGCAGAAUAGGCAGAAAGUUGUCAAGGUACAUAUGUAAACAUGCUUUCAAUUAUUUCCCAGUGACUUUGCACGUGGAGGAUAUAGAAGCCUUUGAUCCUAAUCGCGCCUAUGUUUUUGGAUAUGAGCCGCAUUCAGUUUUUCCGAUUGGUGUUGUUGCGCUUUCUGAUCUUACCGGUUUCAUGCCUCUCCCGAAAAUAAAGUUCCUUGCUAGUAGUGCGGUGUUCUACACUCCAUUUCUCAGACAUAUAUGGACGUGGUGCGGUUUCACGCCGGCAGCUAAAAGAAACUUCAUUUCCCUCUUGGGUGCUGGCUACAGUUGUAUCAUCGUGCCUGGCGGUAUACAAGAGGUCCUCCUCAUGGAGCGUGCAUCGGAGAUCGCAUUUGUUCAAUCAAGGAAAGGAUUUGUGCGCAUAGCCAUGGAGAUGGGCUGCCCCCUGGUUCCAGUUUUCUGCUACGGUCAAUCAAAGGUCUAUCAGUGGUGGAAGCCCGGUGGAAAGUUGUAUCAGCAAUUUUCUAGAGCACUUAAGUUUCCCUUGAUUCCCUUCUGGGGAGUCUUUGGGUCUCCCAUACCCUUCCGGAAUCCGAUGCAUGUGGUGGUCGGUAGACCAAUUGAGUUGGAGAAAAUUUCUAAACCCACCAUGGAAGAGGUCAACGAGGUGCAUGGCAAGUUUGUCGAAGCCUUCAGAGAUCUCUUCGAAAGGCAUAAGGCACGGGUCGGCCACACCGAUCUCAAGCUAAAAAUUCUCUGAACAUAGCUCCGAUUCGCUGUCAUUAGCCGGAGGCCUAUGUUCAUAUGUCUCAAUCAAUUACGAGUCUAUAGAGGGCAACUGAAUACACUCCCCAUUGGGGCGGCAAGAGCAUAACCAUGUCAUGCAGUUGCGAAUCCAUCAUCACCAAGCAUCUAUUCAGUUGGUGUCAAGCUUAUUUUUAUGAAUCUAAAGACCAUGAUGUGUGUCUUUCAAAGUAUAUAUGAGAAAAAAACUAUAUUCUCUGUGACUGUUCUAUUCAGUCACGUUG